UUUAACCUAAAAUUAUUAACUGUCAAAAGCUCGCUAAUAGUGAGAUAUUAUCUGAAAAUAAAAACGUAUCGUGAGUGGUCGAGUGUUAUUUAGUUUAUUGUGAAGUUUUAGUGCUACAGAUCCCCAUUUACAUUAAUUUUUUGUUAAUUGUCCUAAUUGGCAAAACUAAAUAUUGUGUAUUCCUUUAGAGGAGUUCAAUAAUCAAAAUUGAGUAAAACAGGGAGGAAAAUCGAAACAGAUGGAUUCCUUGAUAACAGAAAUAUUAAAUCCAAUUAUAGGGGAAGAUAUUGACGAAGAAAUGCUGGAAUACAUGAUGAAAAUAAGGCAUGAAGAAGAUCUGGAAGAGUUUUUAAGUAAUGUAAUUGAUAUUGAUAACCCUGAGCAUAAGAAUGCAAUAGAAGAAAUUAAGAGAAUAAUAAUUGGGACUGAUCCUAGAUACAGAAAAAACUGGCAGCCACCCAAGGAUGCUCAAAAAUUUGAGGCCAUAAAGUAUGAUAACAAUUAUUAUACAAGUCCCCCACAAGGAAACAAAAAUAAGAAAGUAAAUUAUGUCGCUUUGGACACCUACAAUAAUACACCAGCAAUAAAAAAGGGUCGACAUCCAUGUGAUUGCGAAGCUCGUGCUCAUGCAUUAGUAAAUAACUGCUUAAACUGUGGAAGAAUUGUUUGUGAACAGGAAGGUUCUGGCCCCUGCUUUUUUUGUGACAAUAUGGUGGUUACUAAGGAGGAACAGGAAAUCUUAAACUCUAAUACAAAGGAAUCAGAUAAAUUAUACAACAGACUUGUUGAUCAAAAGAAAUCGAAAGAAUGGAAGAAAGCCAUUGAAACAAGAAACAAAUUGUUGAAAGCUGAUAGAAUGGGGGAAAUAAAGAAUACUAUUUACGACGAUCAAGCUGAUUAUUUUGCUGCCAACUCAACAAAGAAUAGAAAUAAUAGAACACCUAGAUCAACAGCUCAGAUGAAAUUAGCGUUAGAUUUGGCAACGAAAAAGCUAUCUUAUGAGCCGGACGAGGACGAUUUCGAACUGCAUAAAGGGAGGUUAUUGCUCAGUUUAAAUAAACAUUUAGAUUUUAAAGUCGACAAAUUGCCAAAAAAAUUAUUCGAUGAAAAUGUGGAUAUGCGAAAGAGACUGAUAGAAUAUUAUGGAGAAGUAAAGGAUACUGAAGAACUGAUAGACAAAAUUGAACAGUGUAAUAGAGAACCACCUCCUUCUGUUGCCGUUGAAUUGCCCAGGCGGGUUGUAAACCAUGAAAUCACAACUAUUGUGGAUAAGGGGAAGUGUCUAAGCAUGCACCAACCCUGGGCCUCUCUACUUGUUUCAGGGAUUCAAAAACAUGAAGGUAGAUCAUGGAAGACCGAUCACAGGGGUCGCCUAUGGAUACAUGCAGCUUCUAAGGAGCCAACCGAGGCUGAAAUUGCGACUUGUGAGGAAUUCUUUAGGAAGCAUUAUAACGACCCAAAUUUGACUUUCCCGAAAAAGUAUCCUGUCAGUUGUUUAUUAGGAUGUGUUUAUGUGGAUAAUUGUUUGCCCCAGAAAGAGUACCGGGAACGAUAUCCGAAUGGAGAGUGUGAUAGUCCUUAUGUGCUAAUAUGCUCAAAUCCUAUCGUGCUACGCGUAUUUCUACCUAUGACCGGGCAACACAAAAUAUUUUCUAUGAGCCCAGAAAUGCAUUAUCAUGCAAAGCAGGCUAUUCUGGCCGCAUCUUGGGUUUAAUUCAUAAUCUUUAUCUGUUUAUUUUAUAGCUAUGCAAGAACUUGUCGUUUUUCCACUACUUUAUAUUCAUUGAGUUCAUUUGUGAUACUAUUAUGUGUCAAUAUCUGUUUAAAUCUCCUUUUUAGUUUUGCAAACUUAGGUAAAUGUAUAAGUAAAUGAUACAGCACCACGCAUUCCUCAUAUAUGUAUAUUAUGUGUUAAUACAUAUAUAUGUAUAACUGUGACUUACUAAACCUGUUCAAUGAAGUCGAGAAAUGUAAUAUUUA